AUGAGGGUUCCCAUCUUCUCUCCGCAUGGCUACAGCAGCCACGCGAAGCGGGCCUUCGGGAGCGGCUACUGCGUGUACGCUCCAACGCCGGAACAUUUCGGCAUGUUGCUGUCGGGCGUUGGCGAAGAUGCCCUGCUCCGCCCCGGCGCGGGUCCGCCUACCUCGGCGGACGCCAACGACGUCGCUCUCCUGGACGCUGCAGUGUUGGCGUCCGCGUUGUCUGCGCCGUCGGGGUUUGUGACCAUCCGACGCUUCCAGGCGGUCGCAGGCAGAGACGCGGCGUCCACCGGGGGCACUGCUGCCUGGACGCCGGUGUCCCCGCGAGGCGGCGGUGUGGCCGGCGGGGACUCGCCGUCGGCUUGCGCCGUUGCUGCCUCGGGGCGGUUUGCGUCGUCCCCGGCCGCGGCCGCGGCCAUGACCCCGACCAUCACCUGCAGGCUGGGCAGCACGUGCUGGUGCAGGGAGCCCUCCCACGCCGAGCCCGCCGCCGACGCGCGGCUCCGUCAAUACUUCAGGGAGGCUGUGGUGGUGCCUCUGGCGACGAUGCGGCUGCUCGGGGUGGAGGAGGGUGCCCUGGUGCAGCUCAGCUUCCACAGUGAGGAGACGGUGCUGGCGGCGUCCACGGUGGUCUUUGCCCUCGUGUCGGACGGCGUUGGGGAGGAGCUUUCCUUUGACAGCUACAUGCGCCACUUUGUUGCCCCCUUCUUCAUUCAACGCCGCCGCGCCGUCAGCGUUGGGGAGGAGUUCGAGAUCAGGAACCACGAUCAGGGCCGGCUGCACGUGACGGCGGUGGCGCUCAACGACGGACUGCUGAAGUGUGGGAUUGUGGCAGAUGACACGCACGUGCGCCUGGUCGUCCAGCCCGCGGCACCGCCGCAGCUGCAGGGCCGCGAGGGCAGCUCCGCCUCCGAGAGCCCCACGCCGCGGCCACGUGCCCGCUCCGCCGGAAGCGGACGGAGCCUCGGGCGGGAGGCCUCGGAAUCGCACGCGGUGCUGGGAAGGCCGCCGCGCGUGCACGCCCCCACGCUCCCGCGGGCCACCCGCAGUGCCGAGCCGCACGGCGGCCCCGCCUCCUUUCCCAUGUACGCGCCCCAAACACUGGAGCUGCGUGAGGCGCGGCUGGCGCACCGGAAGCGUCCACCCACGGCGUGCACCGGCGCGAAGAGUGUGGGGGCCGCUGCGGAGUCAGUCGCGGACGCCGACCCCGCCAGCAACGCCUACGAUGCCACCACCACAACCGCCGCCGCCGCCUUUGUUGCGGCUGCGGGUGACGCUGUAGACACUGCCAACGUCGCCUCGACUGAGGCCGCGACGUUUCCUUUGAAGGAUAUGCCGUCGGGGACGCGUGAGGUUGGCACGCAGUGCGACGAGGCGCGUGCAUUUGGGGUCGAGGAACCCGGCGGCUCAGGCGGAAACGACGCGACGGAGCCAGUCCCGUACGAUUACAACGCCGCUGAGGGCACGCCGAUGCAAGAAACCGGGGCCCAAAGCGAGCCGCAUUCAGUUUGCGUUUCCAACGUUGUGCCAUACCACUGUGACCUCGCGGAGAACGCCGAGACGCGGCCCAAGCAGCUGCCGGCGCUGCCGCGCGACGCCGCGUGCAGGGCCCACCGGAUUGUGGAGAGCUGGCUGGCGGUGAAGGCGCAGUGGCAACAGCUCUCCAUCAGCCCCCUGCUCAAGCGUGAGUCGUACGCCGCCAUCAAGGAGUUCCAGCAUUUCCUUGCGGUCUACAAGGAACUCAGGCAGCGACACGCGGACUGUCUUGCCUACCUUGAUUCCCCCUAUGGGCACACCGUGCGUGGGGAUUUGGUCCUCCGCGUCUCGCUGCUGCCGACGGCGGCAAAGCUGGAGGGUGGCAGCGGCGGUGCGGUGGAACCGCCGUGGCGGCGCAGCGAGACGCACAGCGCGAGUGGCGCGGCAGACGACGAGGAUGCCCAGAGCACUCGCACGGCCGGCGCGAGCGGCGGGUCAGAGACGGUUGCCCUGGCGGCGGAGCUUCUGCGGCUGAGCCUGCGUGAACUCAGUGCCGCGUUGCGGCGCGACGUGUUGCACGUCUUCCGCGUCGGCGGCACGUGUCCUGCGCUCUACUGCACGCUGAUGACGCCCUGCAACGACGGCCCGGGCGAGGUGACGCUUCUGGGCGCACCGUGCCCAGUGGAGGUGCUGCGGACGACCAUCCUGGAGGACCUCUGCGAGGCGCGAGAGGAGAGUCGUCGCGAGUGGCUGCAGCUCGCCGCACAGUGGAAGGAGGCCGUGUCGGGCGUGCUGCAGCUCGGUGUCUUUACGACGCAACUGCAGACCGUGCGGCAGCUUUUCCUGGAGCUCGCCCGCCUGCUGCACUACCCCGGCGAGGUGCAGCGCAGCGCCAGCUACCGGCGACGCGUCUUUCCCCACCCGCCCGGCGGCGGCAGCGAGGAUAUCACGGCGGCGAUGCCCACGGCAAAGGGGCUCGCCCCUUCAGUCCCCUGCGAAGGAUUCCUUCCAUACCUGCAGGAGCUGCAGGACGCCUACUACCUCUUCGUGGAGCUCCUCGAGCCUUUUGUACUGCACUCCCUGCAGCAACUGCGCACCAUUUCCGCCCUCACGGACGCGAUGCGGUGCAGUCAGCUGGUCGAGUUUCUCCGCGUCAGCUACCAGGCGCAGAUGGCGGGUCAGAGGACGGGGGUGGAGGCAGAGCGAGCGGCUUUCGUGGCCCUGGUGGAGGCGCGUAGGGCCGGCGCACUUAUGCCGCUUCCCACGGAGUGGUGGGAGGCAGACGGUGCGGGCGGCAAACUCAAAGUUUCAGCUUGA